AGAGUUAACAAAGGCCCAAGAGAAAAAGAUGGCCCAUUUUAAUCACACGUGUCACCAAAACAAACAGUCGCACUGCUUCGGUACUCCAACCCUUACAGCCAAUCCAAUCCACCACUCAGACAUCCAAAUAACGUACCAUCACUUCCGUUCAUUCUAAUGCUCAUUCUUAAAAUGAACCCCAAAUUCCCUCCAAAAACAUCCAUUUAAUCUCCGUCCAUCUUCACAGAUACCCAAUCCCAAGACUAAUCCAACGGUUAUAAUGACAAGACCACAUGCGUGUUUUUCUCAGCAAUGCACCCCCUAUACCCUUCUCCUCGGUUUACGAGCUAAAUUAAAUAAAAAUAAUAAAAAGAAAACAAAAAAAAUAUCCCGCUUUCCAUCUUUAAAUUUCCCAUUCUUCUUCCUAAAACCUCCCCAUGCUCUCCGCGCCGCCACCAUUCCCAGAAUACCAACAAACUUUUCUCUCUCUAAACUCAUCUCCUUUCUUUCUCUCUCUUCUCCGGCCAUGUCAGGCGUUUUCCUGCCAAACCAUGAGGACGGUGAGCUCUGGCUUCCCUCUGACCUCUACCCUGACGUAGAAGUUCAUCGCUCGCCGGAGCUUGCUUACGUGGAGGACUUAGUGAAGCAGCUCACCGCGUUUGGCUUGCUUGCUCCGGCGAGUGGGCCAGCUCCGACGAUGUCAUAUAGCCGGAAUCCUGAGGGGUUUAGACCGGUGGCGCGGUUCGAACCGGAACGUUUUGAGACGGAGACUCGGUUCGGGUAUGGCAGGUUUCGGGCCCCGGUGGCCGCAAGUGGCGGGCUCGGGCUCGGGCUCGGGUUCGGGUCGAGGCGGGUUUACCCGAAUGGGUUUUCUCCGGUUCAAAGAGUCGGGCCAGUGGGCAAGUGUGUGGGAACCGGGGUUUUUUUCCCACGGGUUAACCCGGGUUACAAAGCUGAUGUGGGAAGGGGAGGAGGAAGGCAGGAGAAACCAGCUUUAAAGAAUGCAGGAAAGAAAGGAAUGUCAUGUCACUCUCCUACUGAGAUUGCUUUGCCCCAGGACUGGACCUACUGAUGAGAAACAAGCUUGGCAAACAGAAUGGGAAAAAAAAAAAGAUUUUUUAUGUUUUGUUAUGGGGGUGAGGGAAUACAAGUGGGAUUCUGGUGUGUUUUCUUGUCUGCCGCUGCCAUGGUGUUGUGCAAGGAAUAAUAAAAUGGUUGGGGGCUUUUGGAUUAGAAAUAAUCAGUGAAGAUGAUGUAUCUAAGUAUCUAAUCUUUUCAGUGUUUUUAAUGUACAAAAUUGUGGCAGCUUGAAGCUAGUGUUGUGCUUUAUUCCUUUAAUUCUGGGUGUAGGCAAGCAAAAAGAAAUGACAAACAUUUUAAGUGGUUUUUAGUCUUGUCUUUGAGAGGUGAGACA